AUGUCGCGUUCAAACCCCCCCAACGCUGCCAAUUCUCGCAAAAUCUCCUUCAACGUCAGUGAACAAUAUGAUAUUCAGGACGUUGUCGGCGAGGGUGCCUACGGAGUAGUCUGCUCCGCCAUUCACAAGCCUUCCGGUCAAAAAGUCGCCAUCAAGAAGAUUACCCCCUUUGAUCACUCCAUGUUUUGCCUACGUACCCUUCGAGAGAUGAAGCUCCUACGCUACUUUAACCACGAAAACAUUAUUUCUAUCCUCGACAUCCAGCGUCCUAGGUCAUAUGACUCGUUUAACGAAGUCUAUCUGAUUCAGGAACUCAUGGAGACAGACAUGCACCGCGUCAUCCGCACCCAGGACCUCUCCGACGACCACUGUCAGUACUUCAUCUACCAGACCCUCCGAGCCAUCAAGGCCAUGCACUCGGCAAACGUCCUCCACCGUGACCUCAAGCCCUCCAACCUCCUCCUCAACGCAAACUGCGACCUCAAAGUCUGCGACUUUGGCCUCGCCCGAUCCGCCGCUUCCCAAGAGGAUAACUCGGGCUUCAUGACGGAAUACGUCGCCACCCGAUGGUACCGUGCCCCCGAGAUCAUGUUGACUUUCAAGGAGUACACAAAGGCCAUUGACGUCUGGUCCGUCGGUUGUAUCCUUGCCGAGAUGCUCAGCGGGAAGCCCCUGUUCCCCGGAAAGGACUACCACCACCAGUUGACCCUAAUCCUCGACGUUCUCGGUACCCCGACCAUGGAGGACUAUUACGGCAUCAAGUCGCGUCGUGCCCGUGAGUACAUCCGCUCUCUACCCUUCAAGAAGAAGGUGCCCUUCCGCACCCUGUUCCCCAAGACGUCGGAUCUGGCCCUCGAUCUCCUGGAGAAGCUCCUGGCCUUCAACCCCGUCAAGCGCAUCACGGUCGACGAGGCCCUCAAGCACCCUUACCUCGAGCCCUACCACGACCCCGAUGAUGAGCCCACGGCCCCUCCCAUUCCCGAGGAAUUCUUCGACUUUGACAAGCACAAGGAUAGCCUGAGCAAAGAGCAGCUCAAGCAGCUCAUCUACCAGGAAGUGAUGCGAUGA